UUGACAUCAGCUGAUCUGCCGACAGCCCAGAUCCGAGAGAGGUGGUCUCAGGGUGAAGACGCUCCGUUAACGUAUCUAUGUCAUGAUGGUGCUUGUAUUAAUUGUCGCUGGUCUUGGAGUGGUAACACUGUUGAUGGUGUUAUUUGCACCUCAUAUUAGAAAAUAUGCAGCUGGAGGAUACUGCCAGUCCAUGGCUCGACUAGAUGGGAAGACAGUGUUGAUAACUGGAGCGAACACAGGCAUUGGCAAGGAGACUGCCCUCGACCUGGCAAUACGAGGGGCUCGAGUCAUCAUGGCCUGCCGGGACGCGGAGAAGGGAGAGGAGGCAGCGGCACACAUUCGAGCCAUCUACAGCGACGCCCGCGUGGAGGUCCGGGAGCUGGACCUGGCCGACACCUGCUCCAUCCGUGCCUUCGCACAGAAGUUCCUCAGCGAGGUGAACCAGCUGCACAUCAUCAUCAACAAUGCUGGAGUGAUGAUGUGCCCCUACAUGAAGACCACAGAUGGCUUUGAGAUGCAGCUGGGAGUCAACCACCUGGGUCAUUUCCUGUUGACGUACCUCUUGAUUGGCCUGCUGAAGCGCAGUGCUCCCGCCCGCAUCGUGGUGGUGUCCUCUCUGGCCCACAACUUUGGCUGGAUCCGCUUCCACGACCUGCUCAGCCAGGGCAGCUACAACAGCGGCCUUGCCUACUGCCAGAGCAAGCUGGCCAACGUGCUGUUUACCAGGGAGUUGGCACGCAGGCUCAAAGGCUCCAGCGUCACAGUGAACUCUGUGCACCCCGGGUCUGUGCGCUCGGAGCUGAUCAGACACUCCACCAUCAUGACCUUAAUGUUCACCGCCUUCUCCAUGUUCCUGAAGACACCGAGUCAGGGAGCCCAGUCCUCCAUCUACUGCGCCGUGGCCGAGGAGCUGCACUCCAUCUCUGGAAAACACUUCAGUGACUGCGCCCCGGCCUUCGUGGCUCCGCAGGGCAGGAGCGAGGAGACGGCACGUAAACUCUGGGAGAUCAGCUGUGAGCUGCUGGGCAUCGAGUGGGACUGAGCCAGCCUGGAGCGCAUGUCCCCGUCUCAGUCCUGAGGGCAGAUAUCUACCAUCUCAGUUCUGAAAGCAGUACUUCUUCUUUUUGUUCUAUUCGGUUGUGUAUUUAGCAUUUUCAUUAUUUCAUGUAUUGAUAUACCUUACCUUUAACUACAGCUACCUAUGGAUGGACAGUCUGGUAACACUGUACGAUACUGUGAAAGGUCGAGCCAGGGUCAACAACCUCCUUUCUGAAGUUUAAUUUUUUAUAUAUAUAUUAGAUUUCUCUAGACCAUUUCAAGCUUGGUGGUCCAGUUUUCCUGUUCUUCUUGCUUUGUGUGUUUCUUCUCAAGCCUUCACCUCAUGCUAAGCUGCCAGGGUUUUACAGUACCUGAUGUCUUUUAUACAGAUGCCUUUAACUAUUUGCUUUC